AUGGCUACGGAGGGGCCAAGCUGGGCAGAUCAAUGGGGUGCAGGAGGAAUUGGUGCAAUGGAAGAUGAGAAUACUAAAAGCAACAGAGAAGUGGGCAACAACAAGAAUGCAGGCUCCACUGCAGGACUUGGUAAAGCCAAAGCAGCAGCCAUUUUAGGUGCACAAAAGGUCAAGAAUGGCACGUCAAUAGGCAUCAAUCAACAUAAACCAGAGGAAUGCUGUGGUAAUUCAGUCAAAGCUUGCCAAUGUUGCUGCAAAAAACAAAGAUCCAAGAGAAGAAUAUCACCAAGGAAGAACAAAAGUGCAGUUUCAUUUAUUAAAGACACCAGGAGAAUUUUCAAGGGAACAAUUCAAGUUUACAAUGCACUUUUGUUGAAGACUAGUGUCAUAAAGGUCAAGGGAUCCCAGAGAUUGCUUGUUGGCGCAAGAGUCGGAGAAGAAGCUAAUGAUCAUUGGUUGCAGGAGCUAGAGAAACAGCAUAUAUUGAGCGAUGAAGAUGAAGCUGAAGAGACAGAAGAGGCUUAUGCUUGGGGUGGGGAGGAUUUCGGCCUGUGGGGAGGUUUGGACCUCAUUGGUGGUGGCUUUGUGCAAACGGGGCGUUUCCAGAUGUGUUUUCUUCCGGCCACUUUCAUCGAUCGACUGUGCUCAAAGGUUUAA